AUCUCUUCUCAUCCAUUUUCCAAACUCCAAAACCCAAACAAAAAUGGAUCUUCUCAAGCUCUCCCUUUCCCUCUUCUGUGUCUUGACCUUCACCACAAUUCCCUCCUCUCUGGCUCAACAUGCCCCACACGACUUUGUUAAUGCCCACAACGCUGCUCGUGCCCAAGUCGGGGUCGGACCCGUUCAUUGGGAUGAGAGGGUGGCGAACUUUGCUCGACAGUAUGCCAAUCAACGCAUUAACGACUGUCAAUUAGUGCACUCAGGCGGUCCUUAUGGGGAGAAUAUCGCAGGGAGUACUGGUCACGGUUUAUCAGGCACUGACGCGGUUCGAUUGUGGGUGGAUGAAAAGCAGUUCUACAAUCACACUGCCAAUUCAUGCGCCCCUGGCAAGGUGUGCGGCCAUUACACCCAAGUGGUGUGGAGGAACUCAGUGAGAAUUGGAUGUGCCAAAGUGAGAUGUAGAAAUGGUGGUACUUUCAUCACUUGCAACUAUGAUCCUCCUGGCAAUUUUGCAGGCCAAAGACCAUAUUGAAGGAGGCUUCAAACUUCAAAUUAAAAUAAAAGUCAUGUUAUAGGUAAUUAUGAAUGUCGCUAAAUAAAAAUAAUUCAAGACCGGUCGACUAUGAUCAUGUCUUAUAAAAUUAAGUUUAUGUAAUACGUGCGUGCAUGCUACCAUUAUUAAUAUCA